AUGGCGGCUACAAACCUCCUCUGUCAAACCACAACAAUCCAUCCCACAAAAUCCCUGAAAAUUCCAUUAAAUCGGUUUCCCAUAAAACCCAUUUUACCCUUCGAACUCAAGCUCACUUCAAGACUCGCCUCUCUGAGCGUAAAGGCAGUUCUGUCCACUGCCGAGCCCCAAACCCAGAAGAUUUGGCACUGUUUCACUAAAUCUGAAGAUGGGUAUUUGUAUUGUGAGGGAAAUAAGGUUCAGGAUGUUAUGGAUACUGUGGAAAAGAGGCCUUUUUAUCUCUACAGUAAGCCGCAAAUUACUAGGAAUGUUGAGGCAUAUAAAGAGGCUUUGGAGGGUUUGAAUUCAAUAAUUGGUUAUGCUAUUAAGGCCAAUAACAAUCUUAAGAUUUUGGAGCAUUUGAGAAAAUUGGGAUGUGGGGCUGUUUUGGUCAGUGGGAAUGAACUCAAGUUGGCUCUCCAUGCUGGUUUUGAUCCCACAAGGUGUGUCUUCAAUGGGAAUGGAAAAAUCUUGGAGGAUCUAGUCCUAGCCGCGCAAGAAGGUGUUUUUGUAAAUAUUGAUAGCGAAUUUGAUCUGGAAAACAUUGUAGCUGCAGCAAGAAUUGCUGGGAAGAAAGUAAAUGUGCUACUACGAAUUAAUCCAGAUGUAGAUCCUCAGGUCCAUCCAUAUGUUGCCACUGGGAACAAGAACUCCAAAUUUGGUAUUCGAAAUGAGAAGCUACAGUGGUUUCUAGAUGCCGUGAAGGCACAUCCUCAAGAACUGAAGCUUGUCGGUGCUCACUGUCAUCUUGGCUCUACCAUUACAAAGGUGGACAUUUUCAGAGAUGCUGCAGUCCUUAUGGUGAACUACAUCGAUGAAAUUCGAGCACAGGGCUUUGAAAUUGAUUACUUAAACAUUGGAGGUGGUCUAGGAAUUGAUUAUUAUCAUACCGGAGCUGUCCUUCCCACUCCUAGAGAUCUUAUUGAUACUGUUCGGGAGUUGGUUCUUUCACGGAAUCUUAAUCUAAUUAUUGAACCUGGAAGAUCACUUAUUGCAAAUACUUGCUGCUUGGUCAAUCGUGUCACUGGAGUCAAAACCAAUGGGACCAAAAAUUUUGUUGUCAUUGAUGGCAGCAUGGCGGAACUUAUUCGUCCAAGUUUGUAUGGAGCCUAUCAGCACAUAGAGCUGGUUUCUCCCUCGUCACCAGAUGCCGAGAUUUCCACUUUUGAUGUCGUGGGUCCCGUUUGUGAAUCAGCAGAUUUCUUGGGGAAGGACAGAGAACUACCAACGCCAACGAGUGGGGCUGGCCUUGUAGUUCAUGAUGCAGGUGCAUACUGCAUGAGUAUGGCUUCAACAUACAAUCUCAAGAUGCGUCCACCAGAAUAUUGGGUCGAAGAGGAUGGAUCAGUAUCCCAAAUUCGGCUCGGGGAGACAUUUGAUGACCACUUAAGAUUUUUUGAGGGCCUAUAA